GUUUUUCCAAAUUCACUUCCGGGGUUUGCCGGGUUCUGAAUCACACCUUCGCUAAAAAACUGAUAUAAACUAAAAUUUCAAGCAUACCAGACAUUCUGAAACAUGACAGAUACAAUUCCUAGAUGUAUUUUUGCUUCACUGCCAAGGACAACCAGAGGUGUCCCGAUAGUGUUAGGAGGAGAUCCCAAAGGCAAAAACUUUCUGUACACAAAUAACAACAGUGUUUUUAUUAGGGAUAUUUCAGACCCAUCAGUAGCAGACAUUUAUACACAGCACUCACUCAAUGCUAUUUCAGCUAAAUAUUCUCCAAGUGGAUUCUAUAUUUGUAGUGGAGAUGCCUCAGGAAAGGUCAGAAUUUGGGACACAGUAAACAGGGAGCAUAUAUUAAAGGCAGAAUACCAGCCUUUAGGGGGUUGUGUCAAAGACAUUGCAUGGUCAGGUGACAGUACAAAGAUUGCAGUAUGUGGUGAAGGAAGAGAAAAGUAUGCCCACGUGUUUAAUAUGGACUCAGGAACUUCAGUGGGAGAACUAAGUGGUGUGGGUAAAUGUUGUCUGACAAUAGCAUUUAAAGAACAGAGACCAUUUAAAAUAGCUAUUGGUUGUGAAGAUAAGAGUGCUGCAUUUUAUGAAGGCCCACCAUUCAAAUUCAAAACAUCAUAUAAGGACCAUACCAAUUUUGUUAACGCAGUUAGAUAUGCACCAGAUGGAAGUGUAUUUAUAACAGGAGGUGCAGAUUGUAAGGCUUUUGUGUAUGAAGGUAAAACUGGAGAAAUGAUUGGAGAAUUGGGUUCUCCUGCCCAUAAAGGUGGUAUUUAUGGAAUGUGUUUUAGUCCAGACAGUUCUGAAGUGUUAACAGUAUCAGCUGAUAAAACAGCCAAAAUAUGGAAUGUGGCUAGCAGAGAAUUAGUUGUUUCCUUUGAAGUGGGGAAGACAAUGGACGAAAUGUUGGUUGGUUGUCUAUGGCAAGGAGAUAAUAUAAUGGCUGUAGCUCUCUCUGGAUACAUAUAUUACUUCAACAAAAAUGAUCCAUCUACACCACUAAAGGUUACAAAGGGACACAACAAACCAAUUACAGCUAUGGCACUCAGUGAAGACUGUUCUACUAUUUAUACAGGGGACCAGUCUGCCAGAGUUGUUCUGUGGAAUGCUGCAUCUGGAGAAAAUGAUGUGUUUAAUGGUAAAGGCCAUAGCAACCAAAUACAGGAUAUGGUUGUUGCAGACGGUAAUCUGAUCUCUGUUUCCAUGGACGACACAAUACGAUUUACAGAUCUUAGUCAAAAUCAAUUUGGGGAUAACAGUAUAAAAUUAGAUUCUAUGCCAAAAGCAGUAGCAGCUAAUGGUUCAGGACUGGUAGCAGUAGCAUGUAUUAACCAUAUCAUAGUAUUCAAGAAUGGAACGAAGAUAAUAUCUCAAGGAGUAAGCUUUGAGCCUGUCAGUGUAGAUGUUUUAAAGGGAGGUUCAAUUGUAGCAGUAGGAGCUCAAAAGGGCAAUAAAGUACAUUUGUAUGAUGUUUCAAGUGGAGGGCUGACAGAAGUGCAUGUUUUAGACAACACAGGUGUUGCAUCAGCUGUCCAAUUCUCACCUGAUGGGCAGUAUAUAGCCACAGGGGGUGCAGACAAAUAUGUUAGACUGUUUUCAAUGGCAAAUUAUGAGAAUCUAAUUAAUUUCCCAGCACACACAGCUAAAGUUACAUGUCUUGCAUGGAGUCCUGACUCAUCAAAGUUUGCUACUGGUAGCAUAGAUACUAAUAUUGUAAUUUGGAAACCAAGUCAAGGAAUGUCACCAAAAAUUAUUAAAGGAGCCCAUCAAAUGAGUGUAGUAAACAAAUUAGUUUGGUUAAAUGACAAAGUGCUAGUAUCAGCAGGUCAAGAUAGCAAUGUGAAACAGUGGGAUAAUGCAUAAACCAAAAGACAUUUGGUGUAUCAUGUGAUUUGGUGCAGGAACUACAUUUGUAUCAUGUGAUAGUCAUGUGACCAAUAAAUCUUAUGUUGAUACUUAACAUACUUCAGCUGAGGAUUGUUGGUACAGCCAUUCCCUAGAUACUUUUUAAAUAAUAUUUAUAGUCAUUCUUUUCAGUAUCAGAAAAUCAAUAAUGAUACUCUUUUGUACUUUUAGUAUCCAAAUUACACAAAGGAAUUUUUAUAGCACACAGAUGAUACAUACUGUUUUACACCCAAAAAAAAGUAAACAGUAGAUCUCUAGAUUAAAUAUUACUAUUCAUUAUUAUUCGUUGGAUACCAAUUUUCGUGGAUUUCGUGGGAACAGACGCACCAUAAAAUUAAAUGUUCAACGAAUACCAAAUUUUCUAUAGGCUUGUAUGCAGAUUUCUCCAAAACCACGAAAUUAAAUAUCCACAAACAUAUAAGUUUUCCUCAAUCCACGAAAAUUGGUAUCCACGAAAAUAAAUGAUUCCACAGUACUGUAAAUUCAUAUAUUACAUUGGUGUACUAGUUUUUCAUGGAAUUUUGGGGUUAAGGUGAACAAUGAUUUUGAGUACUGGUACUCAGUAUAAAACUGUUUUUUUUAGGCUUGUAUAUAGAAUUUAUUCUAACCACAAAAUCAAAACUCCUGAAAAAAUACUAGUUUCCCCCAGGCUUUCCCCUCAAUGGAAGUCUAUUUCCCCUCAAUGGACAAUAAAAUUAUACCACUGAAAAAUAAAUGAAUCCACAGCAGAAAAUCAGAAAAUGAAUUUUGACCUCUUUUUGUAACUAUAUGUAUAGACAUAAUUAAUAUAGAAAUUUUCAUAAAAACAUAAUCUUCAUUGUUCUGUUUGGCAGUGAUUAUAUGUGUAAAAAAAUAACUAAAAUUGCACAAAAAGCUUUUGUGGCAGUGAUUAAGGUGUGUAAAUAGCUAAAGUUGCACUUCUAGAUUUAAUAACAGCAUAGUUUCACAAUCAUACACACAAUGACUAUCAGUUUGAAUCUUUUCCAAGGUAAUUGAUGUACCAAUAUCUAAUACAGAUGGCUAAGGUGCAAUUUAUUAAUCAUGACAAACAAUUUACAUUUCUUGUUAUUCAUAUAAAUCUUACUUUGUACUUAAAAGUAUGUUUUAAUUGUAAUAAAACAAUAGAUUAUAUUUUUUUGUUUUCAUGGAAUGUAUGAGUGAUCAACGAGGACAAAAUUGUAUGCACUUAUGAAAAAAAGCAUUUGCUGUUCACACAUGUAUUGAGUUAAAUAUCUAGGAAAUCCAAGGAGUUUAAAAAUGUAGCAUACCAUAUCUGAAUGGGUCUUUUCAAGUAAAAAAGCACAUAUAUAUGAUUUUAUAUUUAUAAUACAUAGAAUUCCUGUAAAGAGUAUAAAACCACAGAUAUUUGUAAUAAUCAGGUUCUCUGGAAUAAAUAUGAGUGAUCGAACAACAAAUUAUUCUAUGAAUAAACAUACUGCUUGAAUAAAAAUUCAGAAUCGGCAAAAAUAAAUUGCAUAGCACAAAGGCCUAGAAUAAAUGUUUUCUGCUAUAGUUGUUAUCUGAUAUUGUUUACCUUUGUUAUUUGUGUAACCAUAGUUACAGCAAUAUUAUUUUUGUUGCCUACCAUUGUUUUUUAAUUGUAUUAGCUAAACACUAUUAUUUGUAUUUUCGUUUGAUCUUCAAACUUUAUUUCUUUGAACUUGAUAUGAUAAAAAAUAUAGAAAAAUCAAACACAAGGUGACCUAGAUAUAAGAUUAACAACAGUCAAAAGAUGGAAAAUAAAAUAAUAUUACUGGUAACAGUGCAAUGAUAUUUUGUGUUACUAAUCAAGUGAUUAAAAUGUCAAGUUAAUUUGUAUUUAUUUACUUAUUAAGGUAAAAAAAGAAGUCAAUACAUACAAUUUGAAAUUACAAAAAAGAAAAUGAAGUACAGUUGUGUGAAAAUAUGAAGAAACUUUUGAGUCUGUGAAAGUUCAUAAAAUAUUGGAGAAUUUAAGAACAUGUAUAUAGCUUCAUGUGACAUGUCGAAUAAUAUGAGGUAAAUUGAUGCAUUGUUAUCCUAAAUUCUUUAAUGUAAAUGUCAUAUCUUUUGUUAUUUUUAUUAUUUUCAUUAUUGUGUUAAUUUCUACCAUGUGAUUUUUUUAAGAACAAACUAUGCAACUUAUUUUUGGAAGGUUAAGCUUUUUGGUAUAUAGAUUUGCUGCCAUGGUCUGAAUGUAUGCAUGUAUUAUCUUUCUUUUAUUAUAGAAAAAAGAAAAUAAAUAUAUUUAUAUAA